AUGAAGAAGCAAGACAACGAUGCUCUGUGGGGGGAACCCAGAAAGAUCCAGAGGGAAAAGUUGGUAAAGAAAACUCAGAUUGAGCAGACCAACAAACAAACCUUUUCAGAGCACAGAAGUCUGAAGGUCCUUACGGCAUCGAAUCAGAGUGGAGUGCAGCUGAACAGGCCAAAGUCCUCCUCUACCUCCCAACCCCAGAACUCCUUUCCAGGCUCUGUUCUGCCUCCACUGACUAUCGGAGGCUCUUCCAGGGAUACAGGUGUGAGAGAGCCACCGAUCAAGGGGCUCAAUGCGAUUGGUCUCGGAGAAGACGUUGUCAGAAUCAAAGAGAAACAGGUUUCUAGGGAUGCCAAGAGGGAACAGUCAGCCACCACUCUAGUUAAGACCACCACAAAGUUUCCAGACAUUUACCCACACAAGAAUCAGAGUGGAGUGCAGCUGAACAGGCCAAAGUCCUCCUCUACCUCCCAACCCCAGAACUCCUUUCCAGGCUCUGUUCUGCCUCAACUGACUAUCGGAGGCUCUUCCAGGGAUACAGGUGUGAGAGAGCCACCGAUCAAGGGGCUCAAUGCGAUUGGUCUCGGAGAAGACGUUGUCAGAAUCAAAGAGAAACAGGUUUCUAGGGAUGCCAAGAGGGAUCAGUCAGCCACCACUCUACUCAAGACUACCACAAAGUUGCCAGACAUUUACCCACACAAGAAUCAGAGUAAAGUGCAGCUGAGGGAACAGUCAGCCACCACUCUAGUUAAGACCACCACAAAGUUGCCAGACAUUUACCCACACAAGACUGGUUUGCCUACCGUUGGUACUGACCCAUCUGAAAAUGAGAAAACUCAAGGCAGAAUAGAGAAAUUGAGCAAGAGAGAGACAGAGGCAUUGAGGAGAGAAACAAAGAGGAGGGAGAGAGAGGAAGAAGAGAGGAGGAAGAAAAUGACUACUAGAAGUAAAAUUGCAGAAAUUGAGUCAAAAAUUGAAGAAGCUAACAGAAUUUCAAUGGAAAUUGCAAAAAAUCUAAACUUUGAAUGUGAUGCCCUAAAAAUGUUAGAGAAGGAAUGUAAAACAUCUGAAAAGCAAGAGAUGGAACAGAACAAAAGAGAACAAAAGGGAAGAGAAGAAGAGGAGAAGAGCUCUUCAAACUCCAGUCUGGCCUCCUCUAUAAGCUCCACUCCAGUCUCCACUUACAACCUCCUCUGCAAGCUCCACUUCAGCCUCAACAGAAAAUUCCGCUCCUACCUAGUACGCCACCAGUCUGGCUCCAAUCCGGUAGUUUACAAGUCUGCUCCUAUCCAGUUGGCCUCCACUCCGCUUCUGUCCAGUGGUCCACGAGUCUGGUUCCUAUCCAGUGGCCUACCAGUCUGCUCCUAUUUAGUGUGCCACCAGUCCAGCUCCUAUCCAGUGGGCCACCAGUCCGGCUCCUAUCCAGUAGGCCACCAGUCCAGCUCCUAUCCAGUAGGCCACCAGUCCAGCUCCUAUCCAGUAGGCCACCAGUCCAGCUCCUAUCCAGUGGGCCACCAGUCCAGCUCCUAUCCAGUAGGCCACCAAUCCAGCUCCUAUCCAGUAGGCCACCAAUCCAGCUCCUAUCCAGUAGGCCACCAGUCCAGCUCCUAUCCAGUAGGCCACCAGUCCAGCUCCUAUCCAGUAGGCCACCAGUCCAGCUCCUAUCCAGUAGGCCACCAGUCCAGCUCCUAUCUAGUACGCCACCUCUCCAGCUCAAAUCCAGUAGCCUACAAGUCCGCUCCUACCCAUUCCGGCUUCUAUCCAGUGGGCCGCCAGUCCGGCUUCUAUCCAGUGGGCCGCCAGUCCGGCUUCUAUCCAGUGGGCCGCCUGUCCGACUUCUAUCCAUCCAGCUCCUUUCCGGUGGGCCACCAGUCCAGCUCCUUUCCGGUGGGCCACCAGUCCAGCUCCUUUCCGGUGGGCCUCCAGUCCUGCUCCUUUCCGGUGGGCCUCCAGUCCUGCUCCUUUCCGGUGGGCCUCCAGUCCUGCUCCUAUCCUGUGGGCCACCAGUCCAGCUCCUAUCCAGUGGGCCACCAGUCCAACUCCUAUCCCGUGGGCCACCAGUCCAGCUCCUAUCCAGUGGGCCACCAGUCCAGCUCCUAUCCAGUGGGCCACCAGUCCGGCACGGCUCCCAAGAGGCCCUUUCAACUAAAAUGUAAAAGCUAA